AUCUCACACAAGAUACAGAGCCAUGGAAAAGUGCAGUAGAUAGGACUCUAUAAUAAUCAUUGGCCAAGGGUUGAUCAGACAGCUGACCUUUGAAAUGAAGAGCUGGAUUGUCUUCUUCCACUGGGCUAGGCUUCCCCCCCGAACACACAGGGAGCUCUUUCUCUGUUACUACCUUGGAAUUUAACAAGCGCUGAUUAAAACAAAGCAUUCACAGCUGUGCUAUUAUUAACUCUAGUGGUAUAUCCUGCUCUGCUAAGCAGUUGGAGAACGAACUUCUUUUGGCCUGGCCUUCCUGUAAGGAAGAUGGUGGUGCCGGGGGUCGUGCUGGGGCUGUUGGCUGCCUGUGUCGCUGCUGCUGCGAAGGAAUCGGUGCUGAACAUCUGCAUGGAUGCCAAGCACCACAAAACCCGGCCGGGCCCAGAGGGGAAGCUGUAUCAGCAGUGUGCCCUGUGGAAAGACAACGCCUGCUGCACGGCCAACACCAGCACAGAGGCCCACCAGGACCAGUCCUACCUGUACAACUUCAACUGGAACCACUGCGGAGUGAUGCCUGCCAAGUGCAAGCAGCACUUCAUCCAGGACACGUGUCUGUACGAGUGCUCGCCCAACCUGGGGCCCUGGAUCCAGCAGGCGGACAACAGCUGGCGCCGGGAAAGGAUCCUCCACGUGCCGCUGUGCAAGGAGGACUGCGAGCAGUGGUGGGAGGACUGCAAGGACGCCAUCACCUGCAAGGAGAACUGGCACAAGGGCUGGAACUGGACCGCAGGGACCAACCGCUGCCCCCGCGGCUCCAUGUGCCAGCCGUUCCGGUACGUCUUCCCCCGGCCGGCCGACCUGUGUGAGAAGAUCUGGUCCAACUCCUACAAAUACACCCAGGAGCACCGGGGCAGUGGGCGCUGCAUCCAGAUGUGGUUCGACCCGGCCAACGGGAACCCCAACGUGGCUGUGGCCAAGUACUAUGCCCAGAACAGGGCAGAUGCCUCUCCUGCACCGUGGGCGGCGCUGCUGCUGCUGCCGCCUGCUCUCCUGGCUCUGUUCUGAGCAACCCAAAGCUGCUGGUCCUCCGCUUCCGAGGGAUGGAGCUUGACUGAAAGGAAGCUAGCUCUGGACUCUGGCAGCCUAUACAGGGGGCAUUUCUGCUCUAGAGACGGGAGAAUUUUCCUGUCGCGAGAAUCACAGGUCCGAUGAUGAAUACCCAAGGGGGGGAAGGACAGAACCAUGUGGACAGUUUUAUCAAAUAAAAAAUAUUUA